AUGCUUCCUUUUCUAUUUCCCACGCUGCCAGAGCUCUGUUUUCUAGGGUUUGAUUUCGAGAGAAGACGACAGAAAGAUAAAGGAGCAGAGAUGUCAUACCUUCUGCCCCACCUGCAUUCGGGUUGGGCCGUCGAUCAGGCGAUCCUGGCCGAAGAAGAACGGCUGGUAGUCAUACGCUUCGGCCACGACUGGGAUGAAACAUGCAUGCAGAUGGAUGAGGUGCUAGCUUCAGUUGCGGAGACUAUAAAGAACUUUGCUGUCAUUUACCUGGUAGAUAUCACCGAGGUGCCCGACUUCAACACCAUGUACGAGCUGUACGACCCCUCGACUGUCAUGUUCUUCUUCCGCAACAAGCACAUAAUGAUUGACUUGGGCACUGGAAACAACAACAAGAUCAACUGGGCUCUCAAGGACAAGCAGGAGUUUAUUGACAUCAUCGAGACUGUCUACAGGGGAGCAAGGAAAGGCCGAGGUCUGGUCAUCGCACCAAAGGAUUACUCAACUAAGUACCGAUAUUGAGUUUCUUCUGGGACAAUCUGGUGUUGGUCUCAGCUAUGGGUUUGAUCAAACAAUGAAUUGUCUAUAUACAUUGAUAACUAGGUAACUCUAUAUCUGUGUUGGACAUUAAAUGGUGUACUUGCAGAGUGCUAGAACUUAACAACACCAGGUCUUCUGUUACCAAUUGGGUGUGAGAGGUUGCUUUUGUCA